AUGUUAUCUCCAGACAUUCCAUGCAACCCAUAUAAUAUUUGCUCUGCAUUAGCUCAUCCUAGAUGGAAGGCUUCCAUGUGCGGAGAACUUGAGGCUUUACAUAAAAAUAAAACUUGGGAACUCGUUCCUCGCACUCGUGACUUGCAUGUUAUUGGCUCUAAAUUGGUUUUCAAAUCAAAACUCAAACCUAAUGGGUCCCUAGAUCGUCUCAAAGCUCGCUUUGUUGCAAAGGGAUAUCAUCAAGUUAAUGGAGUAGAUUAUACUGAAACAUUCUCUCCUGUAAUCAAGCCAGACACCAUCCGGUUAAUCAUCACUAUAGCCCUCGUUAAGAAUUGGCCCAUUCGACAACUUGACGUAAAAAAUGUCUUUCUGCAUGGUUUGCUUUCUAAGAACACAUACAUGGAGCAACCUCCUGGCAUGGCUGACCCUUAG